GGUGGUGAGGAUGAGCGAGAGCUGACCCUGCCGCUGCCGCCGUCUGUGCUGUGAAGUGUCUCCUCCUCCUCCUCCACCUCCUCCUCCUCCUCCCCUGCUGUGGGUGAACCUGCGCUACGGGCUCUUCACCGACACGGAGGGGUUUGUUUGUGUAUUUGUUUAAGGCAAAGAGAGAGAAAGAAAGAGAGAGAUCUUCUAUCCACUGAAGCACAAUUCAGUAUGAUCGUACUCGCAUUCAGCACUGGAAGCCGGUUGGAUUUCGUGUCUCAGUCCAGGGUGUUUUUCUUGCAAACCUUUCUUUGGAUUUUAUGUGCUACAGUGUGCGAAGCGGAGCAGUAUUUCAAUGUGGAGGUAUGGUUACAAAAGUAUGGCUACCUUCCACCAACUGACCCCCGAAUGUCGGUGUUGCGCUCUGCAGAAACCAUGCAAUCAGCUAUAGCUGCCAUGCAGCAGUUCUAUGGCAUUAAUAUGACAGGAAAAGUGGACAGGAACACAAUUGACUGGAUGAAGAAGCCUCGAUGUGGUGUGCCUGACCAAACAAGAGGUAGCUCGAAAUUUAACAUUCGUCGGAAACGUUACGCGUUAACAGGACAAAAAUGGCAACAUAAACAUAUCACUUACAGCAUAAAGAACGUCACUCCAAAAGUAGGUGAUGCUGAAACUCGUAAAGCCAUUCGCCGUGCCUUCGAUGUGUGGCAGAAUGUAACUCCUCUAACAUUUGAAGAAGUUCCUUAUGUUGAAUUAGAAAAUGGCAAGAGGGAUGUGGAUAUUACAAUAAUAUUUGCAUCAGGUUUUCAUGGAGACAGUUCUCCCUUUGAUGGAGAGGGAGGAUUUUUGGCUCAUGCAUAUUUCCCUGGGCCAGGAAUUGGGGGAGACACUCAUUUUGACUCAGAUGAGCCAUGGACUUUGGGAAAUCCCAAUCAUGAUGGAAAUGAUCUGUUUCUAGUUGCAGUGCAUGAACUGGGACAUGCUCUGGGCUUGGAGCACUCUAAUGAUCCCACUGCAAUCAUGGCUCCGUUUUACCAGUAUAUGGAAACUGACAACUUCAAACUACCUAAUGAUGAUUUGCAGGGCAUCCAGAAGAUAUACGGUCCACCUGACAGGAUCCCACCACCCACAAGACCUCUGCCAACAGUGCCCCCACAUCGUUCAAUCCCUCCAGCAGACCCGCGGAAGAAUGACAGGCAACCUAAACCUCCCCGGCCACCCACUGGUGACAAACCUUCCUAUCCUGGAGCCAAGCCUAACAUCUGUGAUGGGAACUUCAACACUCUGGCUAUUCUUCGCCGGGAAAUGUUUGUUUUCAAGGAUCAAUGGUUUUGGCGAGUCAGAAACAACAGGGUGAUGGAUGGAUACCCCAUGCAGAUUACCUACUUCUGGAGGGGACUGCCUCCCAGCAUUGAUGCAGUUUAUGAAAACAGUGAGGGGAAUUUUGUCUUCUUCAAAGGUAACAAGUUCUGGAUUUUCAAGGACACUACUCUCCAGCCAGGUUAUCCUCAUGAUUUGAUAACACUUGGAAGCGGAAUUCCUUCCCAUGGCAUUGAUUCAGCAAUUUGGUGGGAAGAUGUUGGGAAAACCUACUUCUUCAAAGGAGAUAGGUACUGGAGGUACAGUGAAGAAAUGAGAUCCAUGGACCCUGGUUAUCCCAAACCAAUCACAAUUUGGAAAGGUAUCCCAGAAUCUCCUCAGGGGGCCUUUGUCCACAAAGAAAAUGGCUUCACAUAUUUCUACAAAGGAAAAGAGUACUGGAAAUUCAAUAACCAGAUGCUCAGGGUGGAACCUGGCUAUCCAAGAUCAAUCCUCAAGGAUUUUAUGGGUUGUGAUGGACCAACAGAGCGAGAAAAAGACCGACAUGGCCCUCAAGAUGAUGUUGACAUUGUCAUCAAACUGGACAACACAGCCAGCACUGUGAAAGCCAUAGCCAUCGUCAUACCCUGCAUCCUGGCCUUGUGCCUCCUUGUCUUGGUUUACACUGUGUUCCAGUUCAAAAGGAAAGGAACACCUCGCCACAUACUGUACUGCAAACGCUCUAUGCAAGAGUGGGUGUGA